AUGACCAUGCCCUUCCCCGUCAACGGAGGUAUGACCUCUUUCUGGCGCUCCCAGCCGGAUACCCUUGACAAUCAUCGGUCGACUGAGACGCUGCCUGAGUCCAGCAAUAUCGUCAUCAUCGGUGCUGGGUAUACGGGGGCAGCGACAGCCUACCAUUGUCUUGAACAAGGUCAGAGCACGGGGAGGAAGAAGCCAUCUAUCAUGAUUCUAGAGGCUAGACAGGCUUGCUCGGGGGCGACAGGGAGAAAUGGAGGCCACCUCAAACCCGACGUUUACAACGGCAUCAACACCCUAGCAAACGACUACGACAUCGAUGCAGCAGCUGAAGUAGCCAUGUUUGAGAUGCAGAAUCUCCAAACUGUCCAGUCUUUCGUUGAAAAGGAGGAGAUCGAGUGCGAUUUGAGAGUGGCUCAUGCCAUUGAUGUUCAGCUGGAUGAUGCUCACUUUGCCAAACUCAGAGGCGGAUUAGAAUCACUCAUUAUAAAAGGAUCAGAAGCGAGUAAGCUUGUUGAGAUGAGGGCUGGAGAAAAGGCAGAGGCUUUCUCUAGCGUCAAAGGCGCACGAGGCUGCUUCAGCUACGAUGCCGGACGACUCUGGCCAUACAAGCUUAUCAUACACCUCCUCAAAAGAGCAAUAGCCAGUGGGGCAAAUCUGCAGACAUACACACCCGUCCUGCAAGUAUCCGACACCCCGGACAAACACGGACGUUGGACAGUAGUGACUGACCGGGGCUCAAUCCGCACAAAACACGUUGUGUACGCCUGCAAUGCUUACACGCCAGCCCUGGCCCCGGAGUUCCAGAAUCACAUAAUCCCGGUCCGAGGCAUCUGCAGUCGUAUUGUUGUUCCUAACCCGUCCAGCAAUCCGUUGGACAGCUCAUACACGCUGCGAUUUAAUAACUGGGAUUAUGACUAUCUAAUCCCCCGGCCAGAUGGAAGUAUCGUCGUUGGAGGGGCGCGAUCAAUGUAUCUGCGUGAGCCGGCGAAUUGGUACAACGUUACAGAUGACAGCAGGUUGAUUGAUUCAGCGGCGCACUACUUUGAUGGUUACAUGCAACGGCACUUUCACGGAUGGGAGAACACGGGGGCAUAUACAGAUCGAGUCUGGACGGGGAUUAUGGGAUAUACAACGGAUUUCCUCCCACACAUCGGACCUGUACCCGGGAAGCCUGGACAGAUAGUGAUUGCCGGGUUCAACGGUCAUGGGAUGCCCCAGAUAUUUCUGUCAGCGUUGGGGGUUGCACGGAUGAUAGAGGGCGCAGAGUAUGGUGAUACCGGCCUUCCGCGGUUAUUCGAGGCAACGCUGGAGAGACUGCAGAACAAGGAAAAUCGCAUUCUGCAUGGAAUCCCGUCAACUUCGGAUAGAGGGAGUAGCCGGUUGUAGC